AUGAUUGAAAGACUGCACCGUCCUUUAAAACAAGCCAUCAGUUGUGUUUCAAGUGCGGCAUGGGUAGAUGCCCUACCCUCAGUGCUUCUCGGAUUGAGAACAGUCUACAGGGAAGAUUUAGCGUCUUCAGUCGCCGAGCUCGUCUACGGUGAGACACUUCGUUUGCCUGGAGAUUUCGUCAUGAAAUCGAAGCUACCGCUUCUGAGUCCGACUUUUCUGCAGAAUCUGCAAGGGAUAAUUGGAUCGCUUCGUCCGACCCCAGCGUCACGACAUGGUAUUCCUAGCGUUUUCAUCCCCAAGGAUUUGGACUCGUGUACCCACGUCUUUUUGCGACAUGACGCGGUGCGACGACCUCUUCAGCCGCAGUAUGACGGACCCUUCCCUGUGGUGAAACGGAUGGUCAAGGACUUUGUAAUAUCCGUGAAAGGUUCGGAUAAGACUGUUUCUAUCGACAGGUUAAAGCCGGCAUAUUUACUUAACCAGGAUUUGUGCCCGGAUAUUUCAACUCAGACUCCUGUUCCAGUGACGACGCGUUCUGGACGACAAGUUCGCUUUCCGGAUAGAUUCGUCUCUCCCUAA